AUGAGAACGCAAGCACAAAUUACUCUGGAUAUCCUUUCCGAAGUAGAUUCUUGGACCUUGUUUGUAAAAAAUGCAGCAUUGUCUUUUCAGGAAUCAACCAAUUUCUAUGAUGUAGCGAGAAAGGUAGCUAAGGAAUGUGCUGGUCUACCAAUCGCAUUGAUAGCAGUUUCAAAAGCCCUUGGAGAUAAAGACAUAGAAGAAUGGAAAGAAGCAGCUCAACGCCUAGAGAGGUCCCAAACAGCCAAUCUUGAUGAUAAGGGAGAUGUAUUCAAGUGCAUAAAGCUCAGCUAUGAUUACUUGAGAUCUGAUGAUGCUAAGUCAUGUUUCUUGCUUUGCUGCUUAUUCCCAGAAGAUGAAGAUAUCCAAAUAACAGACUUGGUGAAAUAUGGGAUCGGAAAAGGAUUGUUUAAAGAUGCGAACACACUAGAAGAAGCUCGGGGUAGAGCACAUUCAGUGGUCAAUACCUGA